AAGAAAACCCGCAAAUCUGCGUUCUCAUUGGCUCUCAGUGACCAUGACGUUUCCUGGUGCGCCCUGCUAUUGGAUGAAAGCACCGCUCAUCGUGCUGAUUGACAGCGGCGCAGCCGCAGUUUCCUCCCAGCAGCAGCAGACGCUAUUUGAGUGGAGACCAGCGGAUUGUACAUAGAGCCGCUUCAGGAUCGUCAAUGGGAGGAACGCGAGGCGCUGGAAGAGCGAGUUCCGGUCCAAAGUGAACCCCGCAGCUGCACCAUGCUCUCCAGGUCCGAACCGCGUUUGUGGAUUACAGCUUGCCUUCAUUUGUGCUGCCUGCUCGGCUGCGGGGGCGCACAGAACGCGAAGGAAGUGAUUCUGCUGGACUCCAAGGCGCAGCAGACGGAACUGGAGUGGAUCUCCUAUCCUCCCAACGGGUGGGAAGAGAUCAGCGGCUUGGAUGAGAACUACAUUCCCAUCCGCACCUACCAGGUUUGCCAAGUCAUGGAGUCCAAUCAGAACAACUGGCUAAGGACUAACUGGAUAGAGAAGGGUGAUGCUCAGAGAAUAUUUGUGGAGCUGAAGUUCACCCUGAGGGAUUGUAACAGCCUACCUGGAGUGGUGGGCACCUGCAAGGAGACGUUCAACCUGUAUUACCAGGAAACCGACUCAGAGGUGGGCCGGGGGUUGAGGGAGAACCAGUAUGUGAAGAUCGAUACAAUUGCUGCAGACGAGAGCUUCACCCAGGGUGACCUGGGCGAGAGGAAGAUGAAGCUGAACACGGAGGUGCGCAUAAUUGGGCCCAUAACCCGGCGAGGCUUCUACCUGGCCUUCCAGGAUGUCGGAGCGUGCAUCGCUCUGGUUUCUGUCAAAGUCUACUACAAGAAGUGUUGGUCCAUCAUUGAGAACCUGGCCACGUUCCCAGACACGGUGACAGGAUCGGAGUUCUCCUCGCUGGUGGAGGUGGAGGGCAUGUGUGUGAAUGACGCCGAGGAGGAGGCGGACAACUCCCCCAAGAUGCACUGCAGCGCCGAGGGGGAAUGGCUUGUUCCCAUUGGGAAAUGUAUAUGCAAGGCUGGAUUUCAUCAGAAGGGAGACACGUGUGAACCGUGCGGACGUGGCUUCUACAAGUCGUCCUCUCAGGACCUUCAGUGCUCUCGCUGUCCGGCGCACAGUUUCAACGACCGCGAGGGCUCCUGGCGUUGUGACUGCGAGGAUGGAUACUACCGAGCCCUCUCCGACUCGCCAUCUGUGGCCUGCACCAGACCUCCCUCUGCACCACAGAACCUGGUCUACAACAUCAACCAGACCACGGUUAACCUGGAGUGGAGCCUGCCGGCCGACACCGGCGGUCGUAACGAUGUCACCUACAGGGUGAUCUGCAGGCGCUGCAGCUGGGAACCUGAGGAAUGUGUACCGUGUGGUCCAAAUGUGGGCUAUUCUCCUGCACAGUCGGGGUUGGUGGACACCUAUGUGAGCAUCGUGGACCUGCUCGCCCACGCCAACUACACCUUUGAGGUGGAAGCUGUCAAUGGAGUGUCGGACCUGAGCCGCACGCAGAGGCUGUUUGCGUCGGUCAGCAUUGCUACGGGCCAAGCAGCUCCGUCCCAGGUCAGCGAGGUCAUCAAGGAGAUGGUGCAGCAGCGCAGCGUCCAGCUGUCCUGGCAGGAGCCCCAUCAGCCCAACGGCGUCAUCACCGAAUAUGAAAUCAAAUACUACGAAAAGGACCAAAAGGAUCGGAUCUACUCCACCGUGAGGUCAAAGUCCACGUCGGCCACCGUGAACAACCUGAAGCCCAGCACCGCCUACGUGUUCCAGAUCAGGGCGUUCACGGAGGCCGGAUACGGGACCUUCGGGCCCAGGCUGGAGAUCACCACCAAGGAGGAGGCCACGGCUGCGAUUGUCUCCAGCGAGCAGAACCCCGUCAUCAUCAUAGCGGUGGUGGCCGUGGCGGGGACCAUCAUCCUGGUCUUCAUGGUGUUCGGCUUCAUCAUCGGGAGAAGGUACGCUCUCGCGGGCCCCGUUGACUCUCCGCUCCUGCACUGCGGGUACAGCAAGGCUGAUCAGGAGGGAGACGAGGAGCUCUACUUCCAGUUUAAAUUUCCAGGCACCAAAACCUACACUGACCCGGAAACCUACGAGGACCCGAACAGGGCUGUCCAUCAGUUCGCCAAGGAGCUGGAUGCCUCCUGCAUAAAGAUCGAGCGAGUGAUUGGAGCAGGAGAGUUUGGAGAGGUGUGCAGCGGCCGGCUGAAGCUCCCCGGGAAGCGGGACAUGUCGGUCGCCAUCAAGACGCUGAAAGUGGGCUACACGGAGAAGCAGAGGCGGGACUUCCUGUGCGAGGCCAGCAUCAUGGGACAGUUUGACCACCCCAACGUCGUCCACCUGGAGGGAGUCGUGACUCGAGGGAAGCCGGUCAUGAUUGUCAUCGAGUACAUGGAGAACGGCUCAUUAGAUGCUUUCCUCAGGAAACACGAUGGUCAGUUCACAGUCAUCCAGCUGGUGGGAAUGCUGCGGGGCAUAGCAGCGGGAAUGAGAUACCUGGCUGAUAUGGGCUAUGUCCACCGAGACCUGGCUGCACGGAACAUCCUGGUCAACAGCAAUCUCGUAUGUAAAGUUUCUGACUUCGGCCUGUCGAGAGUGAUCGAGGACGAUCCCGAGGCUGUCUACACAACAACCGGUGGUAAAAUACCGGUUCGAUGGACCGCGCCAGAAGCCAUCCAGUAUCGUAAAUUCACCUCUGCCAGCGACGUGUGGAGUUACGGCAUUGUGAUGUGGGAGGUCAUGUCCUACGGGGAGCGGCCGUACUGGGACAUGUCCAAUCAGGACGUCAUAAAGGCCAUAGAAGAAGGCUACCGUCUUCCAGCCCCCAUGGACUGUCCUCCAGGGCUGCACCAGCUGAUGUUGGACUGCUGGCAGAAAGACCGAGCUGAGCGUCCCAAGUUUGAUCAGAUAGUUGGCGUCCUUGAUAAAAUGAUCCGCAACCCUAACACCUUAAAAACCCCGGUGGGAACAUGUACAAGACCAAUCAGCCCGCUGUUAGAUCAGAGCACACCAGACUUCGCCGCUUUCCGCUCGGUGGGAGAGUGGCUGGAAGCCGUCAAGAUGGAGCGAUACAGAGACAACUUCACAGCAGCUGGCUACAGUUCCUUAGAGUCUGUGGCCAGGAUGUCAAUAGAGGACGUGAUGAGCCUGGGGAUCACACUCGUCGGCCAUCAGAAAAAGAUAAUGAGCAGCAUACAGACUAUGAGAGCCCAGAUGCUGCAUCUCCACGGUACAGGAGUCCAGGUGUGACGACCCGCCUUGUCAGGGCAGAAACACAGAAGCAGAACUUAGCCGUAGCGGCGCCUCAGGCGCGCCCGGCGCUCCGGUCACCUGCUGCGUCUGACUCCUGCUGCUGCAUCUGGAGUGGAACCAUCCCUCUGUCCCUCAUUGAGGGACGUAGGUCCGUCUCUGCAGAAGGCUCUGAGGAGAGGAAAAGGGCAACGCAAAAGCAACUACCUGGACAAGAUGACUCUUCUCUCUUACCACAUAUCAACAGGCGUGAUGAAAAGGAGCUUCCUUACCUGAAUGAGGGGUUGAACUGCACUCUAUGGCUGCGGGUGCUCCGUACACAGGAGAGAAAACGUGUUUACUCGCUUUGGUUUCAUGGAUUUUCUACUUUCUUCGUGCUUGCCACAGGGAGACAAUGUGGAGCUGCUUUUUCUCCUCUGGACGUGACGACAGGGUAGCCCGUGGAAACGGCAGAUGGACGUUCUGGGGUGUAGAUCUUCUGCUACUGCUUGUGCUGACUUGUUCUGGACCGUGUGACUCGUUUGCAGUGAUUUGAAUACUUUUCUCUCCGUGCAUCAUCUGCUUGUUUUGGGUGCACCACAGUGGGGAUUUGACUUUGUCCUGGAGCUUUCAUCCAGGAAUUUGCACGAGUGCAGCACCGAGGAGAUGCGGGGGGCGAAUGGUUCUUCUAAACUCCGGACUUUUAUAUUGAAGUAGCAAUAUCCUUUGUCUUAGAGUUCACCACAGCACAGAGCGUCAGGACGUAGGCAUCGAUUAGAACGCGUCAGCACAGUUCAAAGAUUGUAUGAAAGUGCAGCCACUGCAUUUGGGUUUGCCUAAAGCGUUGCACACAGUUUGUUCCGUUGAGUUGUUCAGCUGCAGAUGAUGUUUGAGUGGAUCUUAGAGAGUAGAUAUAAUACUGCCUUAAAGAUGUUUAGAUGAAGUGUCACCACUUUUUUAGGUCAUGCUAUUGCAAUGCUUUUUUCCCUCUCCUUGUAGCGCGAUGUCUUCUUCUCUGAACUUGAUCGGAUGUGCACAGAGAGUUUAACACGGGAAGAGAUUGACUUAAAAGAGCAAUAAUUACCAGGGAGAAUUGGUCCUCACCUGAGUUUCUUAAAGGUGCUAGGUAGGGUGCACGUGUGUCCAUGUUUGUAAAGGUGUAGUCACCAUCAGACGGGGGAGGAACGUACCUCUGCGACCUGAAAAGGUUUAGAGCGUGCUCAGAAGACUGCCUCGCAGUCAUCAGAUGAAACAGUCCUGUUGUAUUUUGCCUCUGUGAUGUGCAAAAGAUUCGAUGAAAAUCUAACACGGCAUGGAAAUGUUGGACUGAGUGGCUGUGCAGAUGAAAGUGGCACCGUUUGAAACUCUAGAAAGGUGCCAAUUAGCCAUGCUCACAUCAUCUUACGACACAUUGCGCCACCCAGAAAUCAAAGAUUCGCUUCAGUGUUUGGGCAUGAAAACACAGGAGCAGAGGACGGAGCCUGCAUCAGGCGCAGAUUGUGCUGUUAAAUUCCUCCGUUCUGGCUCUGUAGGCAGCCACGCAGCUCCUCUUGUUUAUUCAUGCGGCUCCGCUGCUCAUCCUUCACAGGCCAAGAUGUGACGGAACAUGCAUUAAAGUCUGCUCCUCUUUUCUGCCGUGUGACUGUGUGCAGAGAACAGAGAUGAGGGGACCUUGCUUAAAGCCGGUUGACUUCUUUGGUGCCAUCUGCCUCCACUUCUAGAAGAGAAGUCUCCAUGUUUGCUGCAUAUGUUUGUGUCGUUUUCUUUGAUAAGUAAAGUAAUUUAUUCAGCUCUCAUGUGACGGUGCUUGCAGAAGAAAACUGUAAUUUUUUUCAUUGCUGCUGUAACCUCAGAGACAAGUCAACAUUUUAAAGCUGCCGUCACUUUGGUUUCACCUUCAGUGCAGAAACAUCAGGAGUCAACCUUGAGCUCAAAAACAGGAAGUGAAAACAUUUGCAGCUUCCUCUGGGGGGGUUUCUACCAAUCUGGUUCCGAUGCUGGAAUGGCUCGACAUCAGCUCCUUCUGCUCCAUCUGCCUGUAGCACUCGUCCAGUAUACCUAAACCAGUUCUAUCCCAGUACCCACUCCAGUAUACCUAAACCAGUUCUAUCCCAGUACCCACUCCAGUAUACCUAAACCAGUGCUAUCCCAGUACCCACUCCAGUAUACCUAAACCAGUGCUAUCCCAGUACCCACUCCAGUAUACCUAAACCAGUGCUAUCCUUAUACCCACUCCAGUAUACCUAAACCAGUGCUAUCCCAGUACCCACUCCAGUAUACCUAAACCAAUGCUAUCCUUAUACCCACUCCAGUAUACCUAAACCAGUGCUAUCCCAGUACCCACUCCAGUAUGUCUAAACCAGUGCUAUCCUUAUACCCACUCCAGUAUACCUAAACCAGUGCUAUCCCAGUACCCACUCCAGUAUACCUAAACCAGUGCGAUCCCAGUACCCACUCCAGUAUGUCUAAACCAGUGCUAUCCUUAUACCCACUCCAGUAUACCUAAACCAGUGCGAUCCCAGUACCCACUCCAGUAUCCCUAAACCAAUGCUAUCCUUAUACCCACUCCAGUAUAGCUAAACCAGUGCUAUCCCAGUACCCACUCCAGUAUGUCUAAACCAGUGCUAUCCUUAUACCCACUCCAGUAUACCUAAACCAGUGCGAUCCCAGUACCCACUCCAGUAUACCUAAACCAGUACUAUCCCAAUACCCACUCCAGUAUGCCUAAACCAGUGCUAUCCUUAUACCCACUCCAGUAUACCUAAACCAGUGCUAUCCUUACACCCACUCCAGUAUACCUAAACCAGUAUUAUCCCAGUACCCACUCCAGUAUGCCUAAACCAGUGCUAUCCUUACAUCCACUCCAGUAUACCUAAACCAGUGCUAUCCUUACACCCACUCCAGUAUACCUAAACCAGUGCUAUCCUUACACCCACUCCAGUAUACCUAAACCAGUACUAUCCCAGUACCCACUCCAGUAUGCCUAAACCAGUGCUAUCCUUAAACCCACUCCAGUAUGCCUAAACCAGUGCUAUCCUUACACCCACUCCAGUAUACCUAAACCAGUACUAUCCCAGUACCCACUCCAGUAUGCCUAAACCAGUGCUAUCCUUACAUCCACUCCAGUAUACCUAAACCAGUGCUAUCCUUAAACCCACUCCAGUAUGCCUAAACCAGUGCUAUCCUUACAUCCACUCCAGUAUGCCUAAACCAGUGCUAUCCUUAUACCCACUCCAGUAUACCUAAACCAGUGCGAUCCUUAUACCCACUCCAGUAUACCUAAACCAGUACUAUCCCAGUACCCACUCCAGUUUGCCUAAACCAGUGCUAUCCUUACAUCCACUCCAGUAUACCUAAACCAGUGCUAUCCUUAUACCCACUCCAGUAUACCUAAACUAGUGCUAUCCUUACAUCCACUCCAGUAUACUUAAACCAGUACUAUCCCAGUACCCACUCCAGUAUGCCUAAAGCAGUGCUAUCCUUAAACCCACUCCAGUAUGCCUAAACCAGUGCUAUCCUUAUACCCACUCCAGUAUACCUAAACUAGUGCUAUCCUUAUACCCACUCCAGUAUACCUAAGCCAGUACUAUCCCAGUACCCACUCCAGUAUGCCUAAAGCAGUGCUAUCCUUAAACCCACUCCAGUAUGCAUAAACCAGUGCUAUCCUUACACCCACUCCAGUAUACCUAAACCAGUACUAUCCCAGUACCCACUCCAGUAUACCUAAACUAGUGCUAUCCUUAUACCCACUCCAGUAUACCUAAGCCAGUACUAUCCCAGUACCCACUCCAGUAUGCCUAAAGCAGUGCUAUCCUUAAACCCAAUCCAGUAUGCCUAAACCAGUGCUAUCCUUACACCCACUCCAGUAUACCUAAACCAGUACUAUCCCAGUACCCACUCCAGUAUGCCUAAACCAGUGCUAUCCUUAAACCCACUCCAGUAUACCUAAACCAGUACUAUCCCAGUACCCACUCCAGUAUUCUUAAACCAGUGCUAUCCUUAAACCCACUCCAGUAUACCUAAACCAGUGCUAUCCUUAUACCCACUCCAGUAUACCUAAACCAGUGCUAUCCUCAUACCCACUCCAGUAUACCUAAACCAGUGCUAUCCUAGUACCCACUCCUGUACGCCUAAACCAGUGCAAUCCCAGUACCCACUCCAGUAUGCCUAAACCAGUGCAAUCCCAGUACCCACUCCAGUAUACCUAACACCAGUGCUAUCCCAGUACCCACUCCAGUAUGCCUAAACCAGUACUAUCCCAGUACCCACUCCAGUAUGCCUAAACCAGUGCAAUCCCAGUACCCACUCCAGUAUGCCUAAACCAGUGCUAUCCCAGUACCCACUCCAGUAUGCCUAAACCAGUGCAAUCCCAGUACCCACUCCAGUAUACCUAACACCAGUGCUAUCCCAGUACCCACUCCAGUAUACCUAACACCAGUGCUAUCCCAGUACCCACUCCAGUAUGCCUAAACCAGUGCUGUCCUUAUACCCACUCCAGUAUACCUAAACCAGUGCUAUCCUUAUACCCACUCCAGUAUACCUAAACCAGUGCUAUCCCAGUACCCACUCCAGUAUGCCUAAACCAGUGCAAUCCCAGUACCCACUCCAGUAUGCCUAAACCAGUGCUAUCCCAGUACCCACUCCAGUAUGCCUAAACCAGUGCAAUCCCAGUACCCACUCCAGUAUACCUAACACCAGUGCUAUCCCAGUACCCACUCCAGUAUACCUAACACCAGUGCUAUCCCAGUACCCACUCCAGUAUGCCUAAACCAGUGCUGUCCUUAUACCCACUCCAGUAUACCUAAACCAGUGCUAUCCCAGUACCCAUCCCCCAUUUUCCAACAGUAACAGCAAAAGGGCUCUCAUCUCCUGCAGUACCUAGGUUCCUCACAAGGAGUCAGAAUUCCCUGAAGCAGAAGUUUGAGGAAUGCACCGCUGCUGCUAGAGAGACGUCUCAGGGAUGCAGGAGUGGAGCAGAUGUCGAACAUUUGGCUUAAACAUGUUGGUUCACACCAGAGAAAGAAAACAAAACUCUUCAGAGUUCUUCAUCUGAUGGAAUCAUGUACUGGUCGUCAUUUUAAAUGAACUAAAUGUAGACUAGGGUUGUCACGGUAACCGGUGUAGCGGUAAACAGCGGUCAAAACGUUGACAAUAAUAAUAACCGUCUUGUUUUUAAGAAACUAUAUUAUCUCGGUGGAUUACCGUGGCUGCGGUGUAGGCGCGGUGACCCUUACCAGCCACCGUAUCAUCUGCUGAAGUUGCCGGCGGCACAUGCGCACUUUGUUGUUUACAACCAAAACUUUCUUGAAGCUAAAGCUGAAAUAAUGGCCAAAGGAGGAGACGGCAGCGCUCAGGACAUUUAUUAUCCCUCUAAGAAGACAAAGUGGGAAGUACGGGCAUCUUUAGGAUAUGUGAAGAAUGCCGAGGGACAGCUGAUAGAAGACGGCUAUCCUGUUUGCAGCACGUGCAGAAAAAGUGUCUGUGAAAGGCAGCAACGCUUCAAAUCUCAUGACACAUCUGCGUGACCAUCACCCACAACUCUACAGUCAACGCAAGGCAAGCUAACGUUAGCGUUUUAGCUAAAAUGCGUGAUCCGAGGAUUUGGGUUGAGGGAGAACGCAACGAGUCGCUAUAUAAAGCAGCCGCAGCGCCGCUACCUGCAUAUAAACCGUGUUGCGGACACCGCCAUGUUGAAAUGACGCUAUGCAUUACGGGGCUCCCAGGGGCAGAUAAGAGUUGGUCUCUCUCCGAGAAUAAUUAUGAAUUUAACAACGAUUACUGCCUGAUGACAUUUUCCCACAUCUGCAAAGCUCAAUGGAAGGACACAAACCGAGGACAAUAUUCUCCUGAUAUAGGGUUUAUUACUCAAGUAAGGGUAAAAAAGUAUCUGAUUAGAAGGCUACUCGAGUACUGAGUAUCAUCUGAUCUAAUAUUUUUAAAAUGAUGACAUCAAACAGACAUAAAAUAAGAAGUUAUGGGCAAAUAUUGGUAUUUUAAAGACUAAAGGGGAAAAAUGUAAACAAAUAAACAACAUAAUUACAAAAUAACACAUUUUAGGCUAAAUUUAGACGCAAACUGAGGACAAUAUUUUCCUGACAUACAGGGUUUAUUUAAUUGUCUGAAAAUGUAGCACGUUUAAAAAAAUACCACGAUAAUACCGAAAACCGUGAAAAUUUUGGUCACAAUAACCGCGAGGUUAGAUUUUCACACCGUGACGACCCUAAUGGAGACAAGCUGUCCUUCUGCCCUGGGAUCACCAUGAGAGGGAGGAUCAAAUGUUUAGAACCGGUUCAGAACCAGCUCUGGUGCUGGAACCAUUUGGGUAGAAACCCCCGUUUUCAUUUCUCUUUUGCCUCCUUCCGCAGCACCACUUUAGGUCAGAAACCCUCCAGAACCGCUGCUUAGAUGGUAAUGAACCCGGAGUGGACCAGAAGCAGCUUUUUCCUCGUUCACCAGGAUUUUAAUGUGCGAUCUGGAAAACAACACCUGUCCUUAACGGGAGCGGUGCUGUUGCAUUCAACAUCGUUCCGAUCCCAAAUGAAACAGAACAGGUCCGUUACCUCCACUCAGGUUCAUCUCUGGCUGGUUCUGCUCUUCAUCUGAAGUUUAGGAAACCAAAGCCUCACAGUUAAAUCAGGACUCAGACUCACGACACGACUCGGACUGAGUUUCAUUUACUAUAAAUUCAUUCCUGAGAGAGGAGGACAUGCUAGUGGUAGCAUGUGUGCUCAUAGAGAAGCCUGCCAGAUAGAGGAGCUGAUCUGGAAACACUAAACUAAUAAAUAAUGAAGACAAAUGGGAUCGCUGUGCCAGACCGAUGAAGAACGAGGAACGCCUCUUUAAUCAUAAACCUAGAAAACAGCAGGACCUUGGCUUUACUGUAGCUCGGGUUUCAUUUACUGUGGGACUCACCUUUAGAGAGACACCAGGAAUUAGCCCUGGCCAGCACCCCCCCAACCCCACCCAUACAGCAGAGCUCAGCAUUUGGCUCUUGGCCAACCCUUUGAAUUGAAUACAGGCAUGAAGUCAUUCAGUCAGCACAAAACAGCACGGCCCACAGCAGCGCUCCGUCUCACCCACAAUCCCUUGGAGGCUUGGAUUUUGUAACUGGGCCCAAGAUGAGACCCUCUCUCCCAAGGGCAGAGUCCCUCCGCUCCCUUUGCUGCAUUGUUUUAUGUUUUCUGGGGAGGCCAUAGUUCAAGCCAAAUUGAGAUUAACGCCAGGGUACAAUCGAUUCAGCGUCCGAACAACCUGCAACUUUCCCCGCCGCGCGGCCGUCGGCUUCACUUAGCUUCACCGGCAUUGUCUACAUCAGGUAGCUCAGCUCUGGAAUACAAGAGGUUCUGUUGUGGCUUCGCUUCAGCAAAUUUUAGAAACUAAGUAAAAAACAGAAGCCUGCUGGUUAGAACAUGAUGGAUUGCAUUAUGAAAGGCAGAAUAUGAAGUUAUUUUUCAAACCGAGAGGUUCAGCCAUUGGUCGGGUUGAGGAUACUUCCAGAGACUGCAGCACAGUCAGUUGCGUCAGAAAGAGCCGAGGUUUAGGGAUCUUUGUGUGUUCUAACUGUAAAACUUGUACAUUUUUAUUUAUAUUAGUUUUUUUAUACCUGUUACUCAAUAGAGAGCUCUGAAUACAUUGCACUAUAUUUUUGUAUUUGACAGAGGAACUAUUGUCACACACAAGAUUUCUGUUGUACAUACGUUUUCAUUUAGGACCAAAGACAGUCGGUAGGAUUCCCAUCUAGAGUCUUAACCUUGUUUUCGUUUUGCCUUUAGUUUGUUGUACAGUAAUAAAAACGUUGACUCAUUAUUUAUUUUUCUGUGAUGAAGGUAUUGACGAUAUUCACUGGUCAUAGGUAUGUUCUCCAACAGCUGAACUGUUUCAUUAGACAGUUUCUUGUUGCAUAGAUGAUCCUUUUUGAUUUGUAAUCUUUGUAAUAGACUGUACAUAUAUUUUUGGAAAUAUACAAUCUCCACAAAAAGA